AAAGAUGCAACUGUGUGGCGUAAACCAUCAGAGGAAUUCAGUGGAUACCUCUACAAAGCUCAAGGAGUGGUGGAAGACGUUACUAACAGAAUAGUGGAUCAUAUUCGCCCUGGACCUUAUAGGCUAGACUGGGACAGCUUAAUGACUACAAUGGACAUCAUGGAAACAUUUGAAGAGAACUGCUGUGUGAUGCGCUACACCACUGCUGGCCAGCUCUGGAACAUCAUCGCACCAAGGGAGUUUGUUGAUUUCUCUUACACUACAAGCUAUAAAGAUGGGCUUCUAACAUGUGGUAUAAGCCUAGACUAUGGAGAGGUGAGACCUAACUUUGUCCGUGGAUUCAAUCACCCUUGUGGUUGGUUCUGCAUCCCUCUCAAGGACUAUCCUAGCCACAGCCUUUUGACAGGCUAUAUUCAGACUGAACUACGAGGGAUGCUACCACAAUCUGCAGUGGACACUGCCAUGGCUAGUACCUUGGCCAAUUUCUACUCUGACCUCAAAAAGGCACUGAAAACAUAG